CUACAAUCUAGGAGCUAAGAGCUGAACUCAGCCACAGAGUACAGAGCUGGAGCAAGUAGCCAGAAGCAGUCCUGAAGCCUCUGCGAUAGAGGGGGGAAGGCAGGAAAGCUCCAGUGUGUGAGCCAUUGCACGGAUCUCUCUUUGCAUUUUUGUGGCUUUCUUCUUUAAACCAGAAGAAGAGGGAAAGGGGAAGUUGCAGAUUGACUCAGCACUUAAGACAGCCCAGGCAUUUACAGUACCCAGUCACAGUCAGAUUCACUACACAGAACUUCAGGGACAGAGAGAGGCACAGGGGCGACUUUAGAGCAGUUUAUUAAAAGAAAAUAAAAAGAGGAGGGGGGCAUUGCUUCCUGCAAAAGCAACGUGGGCCCUAGCUAUAGGAGGGAUAGGAAGCAAUCCAGUUCCUUAUCCCCUCAGUCCAGCCGCAUAACAAAAUUCUUGGCAGCCUCUCUGCAGCAAGCUGUCAUAAAACACAUGUCAGCGCAGCGCUAGAACAAGAGCUAAAGAACUUUGGGAAAUAGAAACAGAUUCGGGCAGAAGCUUAACAGAGCGUCUUGCUAGGAGAAGAGGGAAUCAUCUUCCAGAAAGUGCGGCAGUUGGAUUUUUUUUUGUUUCUAUAUCUAUAUAAAGAGAGAGAGAGAGAAAAAGAGAGAGAGAGAGAGAGAAAGAGUUCUGUCACCUUGCAUGAUGGCACGGCUUCUGAUCUCGGUCCUGAUUGGCCGGUUCGCUGUGGUGAUCCUGGCUGUGAUUGGCUCGUCAGCACCGGCGGUGGCGGCGCCCGCCACACGCUCGGAAAGACGGCAUCACCACCGCCUCCAGCACGGGCCCUGCAGCUACACCUUCCUCCUGCCCGAAGUGGAGCACUGCCGCCCCGCUCCGGAUUUCCAUGUCUCCAACUCCCUGCAGAGAGAUUCCCCCUCGCCCCCUGCAGCGGAGCAGCACUGGACAGCCAAGCGGCUGGAGGAGCUGGAGGGCGUGAUGGAGAACAACACAGAGUGGCUGCUGAAGCUGGAGAACUACAUCCAGGACAGCGUGAAACUGGAGAUGGUGGAGAUGCAACGCACUGCCGCCCACAACCAGACCGCUGCCAUGCUGGAGAUCGGAACCAAUCUGCUGAGCCAGACCGCGGAGCAAACACGCAAACUCACUGACGUGGAGAUGCAGAUGCUCAAUCAGACCUCCAGGCUGGAGAUCCAGCUGUUAGAAAACUCCUUGUCCACCAAUAAGCUGGAGAAACAGGUCCUGCUGCAGACCCAGGAGAUCACACGGCUUCAUGACAAGAACGGUUUCUUGGAGCAGCGGUUUGUGGCGAUGGAGGAGCGCCACAGCCAGGAGUUGCAGGUGCUCAAGGCAGAGAAGCUGCAGCUGCAGGACCUGGUGGCACGACAGAGCAGCUUCAUCACAGAGCUGGAGAGGGAGCUGGGCAGCGCCACCUCCAAUAGUACCCUGCUGCAGAAACAGCAGGCUGCCCUCAUGGACACCGUGCACCAGCUGCUCAGCAUGAUCAAUCAGUGCAACGAGAUCUCCAUGCCGCCCAAGGAGGAAGUGCUCAGGUUUAAAGACUGCGCUGAGGUUUACAAGUCCGGGCUCACGACCAGCGGAAUCUAUACACUGCAUUACCUGAACUCCACAGAAACGGUCAAGGUUUUUUGUGACAUGGAGACGAGUGGAGGAGGGUGGACGGUCCUUCAGCACAGAAUGGACGGGGCAGUGGAUUUCCAUAGACCCUGGAAAGAUUACAAAACGGGCUUUGGGGAUUCCUCUGGAGAGUACUGGCUGGGAAAUGAUUUCCUCCACCAGGUGACGAGUAGCGGUGUGUACACCCUGCGCAUCGUUCUCAAAGACUGGGAGAACAACGAAGUGUACUCCCAAUACGACCACUUCCACACCGACAGUGAGGAGCGCAACUACAGACUCCACGUGAAGGGCUACAGUGGGACGGCUGGACGCACCAGCAGUUUAAGCCACUCCGGGACCGAGUUCAGCACCAAGGACAGAGACAAUGACAAGUGUGGCUGCAAGUGUGCCCAGAUGGCCACUGGAGGCUGGUGGUUUGAUGCUUGUGGUCCCUCCAACCUCAACGGGAUCUAUUACACCGGCAACACCAACACAGUCCGCUACAAUGGGAUCAAGUGGUACUAUUGGAAAGGGCCAAGCCUGAGCCUCAAAGAGACCAUCAUGAUGAUCAAGCCUGUGGACUUCUGAAGUGUGAAGGGACUGAUUCUCUAAUCUCUGGACCUGAGGAAGGUGCUGGACUUGUGUGAAGAACGGUAUACACGGGGCUAAGCAGUGCAGGUGUGGACGUCAAGGGGUAUUUAAAAGGACAUUAUAUAACAGUGUGUCCACACUGAAAACUGGACUUUGAAUCAUCAUUAGAGCUUUUGUAGGACGAUGGAGGGAUUCUGUGUAUGUAUUUCAAAUGUAUUAUUAUUAUUAUUAUUAUUAUUAUUAUUAUUAUUAUUAUUAUUAUUAUUAUUAUUAUUAUCAAUGGCUCUGCUGUACUGUAACAAUGCUUUAACACCAGAAUUGCUUUAGCAACGCUAUAAUUUAGAUGUACUCCUGGUCUAAAUGCAGAGCUUUGGGGUUAUCUAGGACAGUUUCCUUAUUUUUAUUAGUUUUGGCAAAAUUUAUGGAGAUAAAUCCUUUAUUCUGAACCUUUUGCGCUCCAGCAAUACCAGACCAUUAUUAUAAUGUUUUGAUCACUGGUUUUGUUUUUAGGAGUGGGGAUAGACUGAAUAAGAAUAUGUGUAAUUACUGCUUUUGAUUAAUUUAUUUAUUUUCUUUUUUUUUUUAACAUGUGCUGCAGCUGCAGUAUUUCCGUGAAACGUCUGUACUGUCUCUGGAUUGUUUUUAUUGCCAUAAGUACCAGUGACGUAGAUCGUUAUUACUGACAUGCGGAGGAAAUGACUCCGAUUUCUAAAGACAUUACAAGUUGAGGUUGUCCUAAAAAAGGAGCGACUUUGGAAUACACACUUAGCUUAUAACAAGAGCGCUCUAAUUAAAAACAAACAAAAAAAUCAUUGUAAAGUUUCACUAGCAGCUACAGUACUGACUGUGACGCCAUUUAGAGUAGAUCGAAAUAAAUAAUACAAAAAUAAUGCUGCACUUUAUAACCCUCUAUUCUAUUCCCUGUUUUCACAAUGCUAUUCAAUCACACUUUUCAACAGCCCCCUGAACACACCACUGCAUUGCGAGUGAAGUUUUAGACAUCUCUCAUUUAAAACUCGCAUAUACUGUACCACAAGUUUACAAAGUUUGACCGAAAAGUGGCAACAGCAUACAUAACAAAUGCUGACGUUCCAAACCAGAUUCGAUGCGGAAAAUGAAGAUUCCUCCGACCGCAAGGUAUUUUAUUUUAAAUGGAGAUGCUGCAAAGAUGCUUUAUUGCCUGUGGUUUUAAACACUACAGACUGAGCCUAAGGAAUGUGACCACUGUAAACACAAUGGAUUCUACUAUGAUAAGAAGCUUGGCUCCAGUGCAACAUUUAUAUAUACUGUAGCUAAGGACACAAUAUAAUGGAGGGUGUCUGUAUACAAUGAAAGGUAUCUAUAGUAACAACAUUCGGGGGCCCAUGGAGUCAAUGGCAAUGUGGUCUUGCAGUCAGCAAGGUGGGAAGGGACCACAUUGAGGUCAGAGCUGCGUGUGUACAGCGCAGGGCUAAAGGGGAAGUCUGUUAACACAGCGUGCUUGCACUCUGAGAUCCCUGCCAUUACACUGCAGUGAGAGUACAGCGCUCUUAAAAGGCUUGUAACAGGCCCCAGGUGGCUAGAACAAAGGCAGGAUGCAGUUGUAAUGUGUUAAGUGACCAGCAGGUGGGGAAUGCAAUCCACCGGCUUUGGUGGUAGGGACCUGAGAGUGCUGUCCACUAAUUUUACAAAAGUGUUUGUUUUUAUAAUGCCAGCCUUGUUGGUAGUUAGAUAUACCUGCCGAUGAAAUUAACUGUUCGGUAAAGGAAUUAUGAUACAUCUAUAUUUAUAUAUUUAACAAUAAAGAAAUGACACUAACAUUUGGCAUAUUCUGCGUCUUACUGUCUCU